GCCAGAAGUGAGUGAGCUCACUUGAAUUACAGAAUCGACCCGCAUGAUUGAAAUUCGUGUUUUUAGAAAAAAAAUCUCAUGUGCACCAACGUAAUAAUUCAACAACUAAAGAAAAAUGGUUGGUUGUUACAGUCGGUGAGAAAGGGAACGCAAUUACAUUAUCGAUAGUUCCCGUUUGGUCUUUAUCAUUUUCAUGGAAUUCUGUAAAACACCGAAUAUUUUCGUAUUCGUGGUGUGACUGAAAAUACAAAAUGCACAUUUAACGUGGUGUGACUCUGUUCGAAGUGAUCAAAGGAUUCCUCUGAAAUGAUCAACAGAUCCAGCAAGUAUAUCUGUAUUGUAGACGUACGAUCCUAGUAAUUGUCUGUGAGAUAAUGAGAUAUUUUAAUCGUUCAUCCACCUUUGUCAAUGUCACAACAUUUUUUGCUGAACUUUAGAAGUAAAUAACGUUGCCGACGUUAUGUAACGAAUGACAGCUAUCAAAUUUUUUUCAACACGACUAUAAAUUGUAAAGGAAUUUCAACAGAACUAAUAGAUCUGUGUAAUUUAAUUAAAAAUAUAUCGUAAUUUUGUUUCUAAGUACGUAUACAAUUUAUAACAUACUUGACAGGCAUAAGUGAAACUGUCUAAAAUAAAAAACAUCUGCUUUUAACUCUUUCAAAACUACAGUUAGAGUUCUAUAAAAUAAUGUUACAGUUAUACAUAUGUGCAUAGAAUUUAGAAAUGGCAACAGGAGGUAGUAGUUUCAUAAGUAAACCAGCCAGAGGAUGGUUACACCCUGAUCAGUUAGUGAGCAAAGAAGGAAUUACUUAUACCGUUAAGUACAUAGGAUGCCUCGAAGUUUAUACGUCUAUGAAAAGCUUAGAUUUUGAAACAAGAUCAUGUGUUGCCAAAGAAUGUAUAAACAGAGUUUGCGAAGCAGCUGGAUUAAAAUCUGCAGAUAAAAAGAGACGGGUGAACAGACAAGUGCUUAGGGCAAUAGCAGACAAGCCACGCAUGGAGCAUACAGGUGCUACUAUAAAUUUGACCAUUAGCAGUUGCAGUUUAGCCUUGACUAAUAUAGAAAAUGGACACAUCAUUGCCAAACAUGAAAUGCCACAUAUAUCUUUUGCUUCUGGUGGAGAUACGGAAAUACUGGAUUUUGUUGCAUAUGUUGCAAAAAAUAUGCAAGAGUGGCGCGCGUGUUAUGUAUUGGAAUGUGGAGGAGGAUUGGCACAAGAUGUUAUAUCUACUAUUGGACAAGCUUUUGAACUACGAUUUAAAGAAUUCCUCACCAAACCAACUUCGUUGCAUCCCAUGUUAAAUGGUAUGCGAGAAGCAGAUAGAGAUUAUUAUAAUGACCUCCCUGGUAAAGUACCGCCAGAUAUUGGCCCUCCACCGGUGCCACCUUUGCCAACUGCAUCGACCCUACCCAAUUUGAAGCAUCAUCAUUCUGGGCAAAAUCAUAUAUCACGAAGCAACGCACAAAAUUCCAUUUUACACGAUUCAUUCUCUUCUAAUUCUGAUAGGCAUCAUCAACAAUGGGCAGAGAGUGGUAAUUUAAUUGACUUAAAUUCCGAUGGAACAUCUUCUACAAAUUUCAAUAUACCUCCAGAACAUAAUUAUGUAAACGAUAGUGUUAUAGCAGCAAGCAGAGACAGCCAUCGCGAUCAAACAUCGCUUUUCGAUGUGUUUGACAUGCAGUCAUUUAGUUCUGCAAUAUCGGAUAUGAAUAGAUUAAGUCCACAUUCUCAAAAACAACAAUUAAAACAAGAGAUAUGGUUUCAUGGUAGCGUUAGUCGUGCUGAAGCAGAAUCUAUGUUGACAAGAGAUGGUGACUUUUUGGUUAGAGAAUCUCAAGGGUCCCCUGGCCAAUAUGUCCUUACGGGUAUGAAUAAUGGUACACCAAAACAUUUAUUGCUUAUCGAUCCCGAGGGCGUAGUACGCACAAAAGAUCGCGUUUUUGAUAGCGUAAGUCAUUUAGUAAAUCAUCAUUGCGACAAUGUAUUACCAAUUAUAUCAGCGGACAGCGUUUUAGUACUACGAUAUCCAAUUCCUAGACGUACAAAUAAUUGAUUUUUACAAAUUUAUGAUAGCCCCCAGAACAACAAGUAAAGUUUACAUUUCGUAUUAGUUGACUGCAUCAAUACUAAAGAUAACAAAAAGUUGAUGCCUAUCACAUAUGAUGCUUUCAAUAAUAAUUCAAAAAUCCGUCAAUCAAUACAAGUAACGAAUAUGAUUACAAUUUUAUGCAACGAGUAUUUUACUUUUAAAUUCUAUUUAUGCUGAAGAAUAGUCGGUAAAGUUUUCCUGAAUAUUCUUACUGAAAUGAAGAGUCAUUAAUAUCUUAUGAAUAAAAAAGGAUAAUGAAUGUCAGCUUACUAUUGAUAAUAAUGUCAAAAUGCACAAAGAGAAAUUAUAUCAAUAAUUUUUCAAAUUAUUGCGACAAACUAAGAUUGGUCAAUGCAUAAAAUUUAUUUGAUGAUAUCGAUGCAUAUAAAUUGUUUUGGUAAACAAUUAUAUACAUGAAUGAUUUAUAAUUAUAAAAUACCAGUAUUUGCAUUAUUUUCUAUAUUUAAUUUAUCAAUUUUAAUUCUUUUUACUAUUUUAAAUAAUUUAUACGCAAUUUGAAAUCCAAAUUACUAACCUAGUACAUUUUUGAAUACAUCUAAACAUGUAGAAACUUCAAAUUAUUUAAAAAUCAUAUUUAGAACAUUUGAAUACUACAUUUGUUGGAUAUGCAAAGAAGUUUCUA